GUCAUCAGCAGUGACCCAGCUCAGAAACCACAUCUCCCCCCCGGUCACUGAAAGCACCCAGGUAUUAAAUCAUCGUUAGUCAAGAUGUCUUCAGCACCCGAGCCUCCAGCCUUUAAAAAGGAGCCGCCCAAGGAGAAAGACCCGGGAAACAUAGGACUCAGAGGGGUCCGCACCACAACCUUAUUUCGAGCUGUGAAUCCAGAGCUCUUCAUUAAACCUAACAAACCUGUAAUGGCUUUCGGAUUGAUAACCCUUUCGCUUUGCGUGGCUUAUAUCGGUUACCUGCAUGCAACACAGGAAAAUAAGAAGGACCUCUAUGAAGCUAUUGAUAGUGAGGGACACAGUUAUAUGAGGCGGAAAACAUCUAAAUGGGAUUAAUUGAGCUGGUUGCUGCAGAUGAAGGUUUACUGGGGGCUCUGAAAUCUUCGGCUGAAGAUUAGGACCGCACAGUGUCUUGUUUCUUAUUCCAGAAGAUGCUGCUGAGGAAGGAGGGCGAUUGCAGCCAAACCCCCGGAGUGAUGUUGUCCUUUCAAAACGGAGCCUGUGUCGCAUUCUUUCUUCCAUAGAAAGAGCUGUUCGGUAUUUUAAUUUUAUUAAAUCCUCUUUUAAAAAGUGCUAUGAAAAAAAAAAAAAAGUGCUAUGAGAAUGGCAGUCAUUUUUGUAAAUUGUAAAGUUCUGUCCAAUAAAAGUACUGCUGCUCUUAAAUUUGUGUGGUAUUGUUAAUAUUUUAAGGGGAAUGUACAUUUACAGCUGUUGUGAAGGUUUAGUUUUGCUAUUUGCAAAGGCAGUGUUCUCUUUCUACCUGGUGAAGAAGAAAAUGAUUAUAAAUUAUUGUAAAGCCUGCAGUUAAAAACAGUUUUUAUAGAGUUACAGAUGGGUCAUAUAUUUCAGUUUUCCAUUUCAGCUAAUUUUGGUCCAGAUUUUUAUUUUAGUUGAAAAAAUACUCCCACUCAAUUACUAAAAUAAAGAUUAAAUGAAAGAAUAA